AUGGCCACAGACAGCACUGGCGCCUGGGCAUUGUGGUUCCUAAUGCUCGGUGUUUAUUCAGUUAUCACAAUCUCGUUACUGUUUGUUGGUACCAUUAGUGCAUCCUGGAUUGGAGUCAAGCUGCGGGGGAAACCCACUCUAGCGUUUCGGUUCACUGAAAACGGCAAAGAGACCAUGGUGUACGUCUACAAUAUUGAACACUGGCUCAUUCGCGCUAUCGUUGAUGAUCUUUUCGCACGGAAGGCAAAAGUGGAGGUCUUAGAGGCUCAGAACGAACAGCUCUGCGUAUCAAAUGACAAACUUGAGGGCAAAUCGCAAGCCUCAUAG